UGGGAAUGUUAACAUCACCUAGACUAUCUACUGCUCUCCACCUGUUCAAUCAAAAAUCAAGCCUUAUCUUUCCACACAGCUCUUCCUCUUGCAAUUUCACCUCCCCCAUCAAACACUCUCAACUUCUCUUCCCGCUUAGACAUACUAAAGUAAAAGCACUUGCCACGGAUUCUGCAUCACCAAUAACAAAUAUGGUCAAAGCCAUUAGGGUUUAUGAACAUGGUGGGCCUGAGGUUCUGAAGUGGGAAGAUGUGGAAAUAAGGGAGCCUGGUGAAGGCGAGAUACGCGUGAAAAACAAAGCAAUUGGCCUUAAUUUCAUCGAUGUUUACUUCCGGAAAGGCAUUUAUAAGCCUGCUACAAUGCCCUUCACCCCAGGUAUGGAGGCUGUUGGAGAGGUAAUUGCUGUGGGCCCUGGACUUACUGACAGGGAAGUUGGAGAUAUUGUGGCUUAUGCUGGCAAUCCAAUGGGUUCAUAUUCUGAAGAGCAGAUCCUUCCUGCAAACAAAGUGGUUCCUGUUCCUUCUUCUAUCUCACCGGUUAUUGCUGCUUCUGUUAUACUUAAGGGUAUGACAGCUCAAUUUCUACUUCGUCGUUGCUUCAAGGUUGAGCGUGGACACACAAUUCUAGUUCAUGCUGCAGCUGGUGGGGUUGGAUCUCUGUUAUGCCAAUGGGCAAAUGCUCUGGGUGCAACUGUUAUUGGCACUGUCUCGACAAAAGAGAAGGCAACUCAAGCAAAGGAUGAUGGAUGUCACCAUGUUAUAAUCUACAAAGAGGAGGAUUUUGUUGCCCGUGUUAAUGAGAUAACAUCAGGCAAUGGGGUUGAUGUUGUCUAUGAUUCUGUAGGAAAAGACACCUUUCAGGGAUCACUGGCAUGCUUAAAGACCCGGGGUUACAUGGUUAAUUUUGGGCAGUCUUCUGGUAUGCCAGAUCCACUCCCCUUAUCAGCACUGGCACCAAAAUCUCUGUUCUUGACAAGGCCUUCUCUCAUGCAAUAUACGACAACUCGGGAUGAGCUGCUGGAAACUGCUGGGGAGGUAUUUGCCAAUGUUGCCUCUGGUGUCUUGUCAGUUCGUGUGAAUCAUACAUACCAGUUGGCACAAGCAGCGCAGGCACAUGAAGACCUGGAGAGCCGAAAAACAUCUGGAUCAGUUGUGCUGAUACCAUAAGGGGAAGCAGUUUGUUUCAUAUUCACAAUAUAGAUAGAGGUUGUUUAAUCAAGUGUCAUGUGUGGCUUGCUAUGUAUCCAGAGAUACAUGUCCAGUUACUAUCUAUGUUCUCAAGAGAAGUUGUGUUCGUGGUAUUUAUAAACAUGCCGGAGUCUGGAUAUUUGACUGGCUUUUGUGCUUGUAAUUAUUCUGUUUUUGGUACUUGUAUGGAGUAGGGGUGUAAAUGAACUGCCUGUGAGUUCUGGAUAUUUGACUGGCUUUUGGGCUUGUAAUUAUUCUGUUUUUGGUACUGGUAUGGAGUAGGGGUGUAAAUGAACUGCCUGUGAGCUGCUCAGUUUCUGAGUUGAGUUCAAGUUUGUGUUGGUUGGCUCGGUGAGCUUGUGAGUUCAUGGUUUGACUCAUGUAAAAUAUUAAUAAAUAUUUAAAAGUUUUAAAUUUA